AUGUUCCAUCCAGCAUCACAACAGCCUGCUGCUGAUGUCUCUGCACGGGAAAGCAACGAGGGUAAAAGACCACUCUUGGGGCUCUCACCUCUGCAAGAAUUGGAUCUGAUCGAAGCGUUCUCGCUACGUGAACUGCCUCAGCAGCAACACGCGCUUCAGCAGGGAAGAAGCGCCAACGGUGGUAUGAACGGUGGAAUGAGCGUCUGCAGCAGUUUGCAAGGUGAAGCGGAUCGGCCGAUACCGGACCGGGACGCUGCGUUUGCUGCCCGAGUCAAUGCAUGCCCCACCUCUGCUGGCCUUCUUCAAUGCCCAUGCAUCAACGUGAAUUGGGAUGAUGCUGCAGUUCCUGGUGCUGGUGAUGGUGCUGCCGGAGUCAAUGCGUGUCCCACCUCUGCUAGCCUUCGUCAAUACCCAUGCGUCAACGUGACCUGCCGUUCCUGGUGGGAUGAUGCUGCAGUUCCUGGCGCUGCCGCCACCGUUGGUGACCUGCCGCCUGGGGUGGCUGAUCCUAGUAGUGGUGCUAACGUGGCAUUGGCUGGUGCUUCUGAUUGGCUCGAUGCGGCUGACAACGCGAUCGCAUCAUUCCUUAUCGAGGCAGAGCUGGUCAGAAUCGAAAGAGUUCUGCUGCAGUCAGAAUCAGCACCGCACUCCACUCCUCUGCAUUCCUUCCCUGGCAGUCCACUAACUGCUAUUCCGGACCAAAGCUGCCCAAUUCUCUCACCGCAUUCAUCCGACCCAAACCACUCAAUCUCUCAUGCGAAGCCCAUGCAGUUUCCCGCUCCUGCUGCCGCUGCACAACCAGCAAUGCUGACUGCUGUUAGCAUGCCAGAAGCCAAAACCAUGGAAGGGUGUUUGAAGCCAGACGAGUUAUUUGAAGCGUGGUGCAACGGGUCAUUCUCCAGAGUACUUCAUGGCUUCUAA